AUGGCGCACGCUGGAGAACAGGGUAUGAUAACCCGGGAGAUAGCGCAUGCGAAGUACAUCCACCAUAAGCUGUCGCAGAGGGGCUACGGGGAUGCCGGGGACGCGGGCGCCGCGGUUCCCGCCGCCCCCUGCGCCGGGCAUCUUCUUCCCAGCCCGGCGCACCCCGUGCCCGCCAGACCUCCCGCUGCUGCCCCCCCGGUCGCCCCCGCCGCCGCCGCCGCCGCCGGUGGUCUGGUGCUUCAGUCUUCUGUGCCACCUGUGGUCCACCUGACCCUGCGCCAGGCCGACGAUGACUUCUCCCGUCGCUACCGCCGCGACUUCGCGGAGAUGUCCAGCCAGCUGCACCUGACACCCUUUACCGCAAGGGGACGCUUUGCCACGGUGGUGGAGGAGCUCUUCAGGGAUGGAGUGAACUGGGGGAGGAUUGUGGCCUUCUUUGAGUUCGGUGGGGUCAUGUGUGUGGAGAGCGUCAACCGAGAGAUGUCGCCCCUGGAGGACAACAUCGCCCUGUGGAUGACUGAGUACCUGAACCGGCACCUGCACACCUGGAUCCAAGACAACGGAGGCUGGGAUGCCUUUGUGGAACUGUACGGCCCCAGCAUGCAGCCUCUGUUUGAUUUCUCCUGGCUGUCCCUGAAGGCCCUGCUCAGUCUGGCCCUGGUGGGGGCUUGCAUCACCCUGGGUGCCUAUCUGGGCCACAAGUGA